CUAAGAUGAAAUCUCCUACUGUCUCUUCCAUGCUCCUUGUUCUCUUUCUUGUCCUUAUUGUGUUUCCCCAUAUGGAUAAUGCUCUUGGUGAACAAAUGCAUGCUCGCAAACUCAAAGAGACAAACCAUCCUGAUCCACGGACCUCUUUCCAAAAGGGCUCUGGUGCUGUUGGCACGAUCACUCGUGGUGCUCGUGCUGCUAAAAAGCUCUUUGGCCAUUUUGCACGCUCACCGCCACCCCGCAAGGGCUUUUAGAGGCAAAAACACUUGAUGCUACAAAUUCCAGAUGAAAAAAUAUUUUCCCAAUAUGUUACAAUGAAUGUUACUUUUCAAAUUUCCUCGUAAAAGAAUAAAAUUCUACCACUUGUUAUGAUGUAUGAAUGAUGUUAUGAUGUUAUAAGUUUUAAGAUAUUGUGAAAGUGUUCUGGGUUAAUACUAAAGGGAUUCAUAAGUUAUACAUAUUAAUUAAGGCAAACUUGCCAAGUAAUUUAGAGUGUUAAUUGUAGUUUUUAGUAUG